CGCUCGCGGACAGUCGGCGCGCGGGCCGGGCCGGGCCGGCGCCCCGUCACCCUUGCUCAGCCGCGUCGCCCCGGGCUCCGGGGGAUGCCCCCGGCCGGGACCCCCCAUGGCCGCCGACGUCUUCAUGUGCUCUCCGCGCCGGCCCCGCAGCCGGGGCCGCGCGGUGCUGCUCAAGCCCCAGGUGCCCGAGGACGACGACGACUCGGACACGGAUGAGCCGUCUCCGCCGCCCGCCUCCGGCGCGGCCACCCCGGCCCGGGGCCACGCGAGCGCCGCGCCACUGCCGCCCAAGGCCGGGUCGGGCAGCGAAGAGCCUCCGCGCCGCCAGCAGAUCAUCCACAGCGGCCACUUCAUGGUGUCGUCGCCGCACCGCGAGCACCCGCCCAAGAAGGGCUACGAUUUCGACACGGUCAACAAGCAGACGUGCCAGACCUACAGCUUCGGCAAGACCAGCUCCUGCCACCUGUCCAUCGACGCCUCGCUCACCAAGCUCUUCGAGUGCAUGACCCUGGCCUACAGUGGGAAGUUGGUGUCUCCGAAGUGGAAGAAUUUCAAGGGCCUGAAGCUCCAGUGGAGAGACAAGAUCCGGCUCAACAAUGCCAUCUGGCGGGCGUGGUACAUGCAGUAUUUGGAGAAGCGCAAGAACCCCGUGUGCCACUUUGUCACUCCACUGGACGGCUCCGUGGAAGUGGACGAGCACCGGCGGCCAGAGGCCAUCACCACGGAAGGGAAGUACUGGAAGAGCCGCAUUGAGAUCGUGAUCCGGGAGUACCACAAGUGGAGAACCUACUUCAAGAAAAGGCUCCAGCAGCACAAGGAUGAGGACCUCUCCAGCCUGGCCCAGGACGAUGACCUGCUUUACUGGCACAAGCACGGGGAUGGCUGGAAGACCCCCGUCCCCAUGGAGGAGGACGCGCUGCUGAGCACAGACAUGCUCAUGUCGGAAUUCAGCGACACCCUCUUCUCCACGCUCUCCUCGCACCCGCCCGUGGCCUGGCCCAACCCGCGCGAAAUAGCACAUCUGGGAAAUGCAGACAUGAUUCAACCGGGGCUAAUUCCUUUGCAGCCCAACCUGGACUUUAUGGACACUUUUGAGCCUUUCCAGGACCUCUUCUCUUCCAGCCGCUCCAUUUUCGGCUCCAUGCUGCCUGCACCCGCCUCAGGGCCCGCACCGGAUCCCAACAGCCCACCUGCUGAGAGCAUCCUGCCAACCACCACUCUGCCCACCGCGAGCCUCCCCGACGGCUUCAUCGCGCCCCCUGCAGCCACGGCCCUGGACCCCACGCGUGGGCAGGGCUGUGAACACACCUCCCAGCCGGGGGACCCCUUUCUCCAGCCCGCAGACUUAGGUCCCUCUGCACCACCACUGAGUGUCCCCCAGCCCUUCCUCCCCGUGUUCACCAUGCCCUUGCUGUCGCCCAGCCCAGUCCCGGCACCUGCUUCCCCCGUCUUGCCAUUAGGCCCUCCUCCCGCCACUGCCCUGAACCCCCCGACUCCCCCUGCCUUCCUGCAGCCACAGAAGUUUGCCGAAGUCAGCAAGUCGCCCCCUGUCAUCACCCACACGGCCUCUGCCACCCUCACCCACGACGCCUCUGCCACCACCUUCAGCCAGAGCCAGGGCCUCAUCAUCACGACCCACUACCCCACCCCCUCCGUGUCCCCCUGUGGCCUGGCGCUGUCUCCGGUCACCCGGCCACCAGCCGUCGGGCCUCCUCAACCCCGUUUAACUUUCGUGCACCCCAAGCCCGUAUCCUUGCCUGGGGGGAGGCACAAGCAGCCCCCCAAAAUAGUGCCUGCUCCCAAACCAGAGCCCAUGUCCUUGGUAUUGAAGAAUGCUUGCCUCGCCCCAGCUGCCUUUUCAGGACAGCCCCAAGCAGUGAUCAUGACAUCAGGCCCUCUGAAGAGAGAAGGGAUGUUGGCUUCCACCGUGUCCCAGUCCAACAUGGUCAUCACGCCUGCUGCCAUCGCCAGGGCUCCCGGGGUCACAGAGCUCCGCAGCGGCGUCCUGGUGACAGACCUUGGCCACGGCACGGGCAGCCAGCCUGCCGCCCUCUCCCGGCUCUUCUCUCCCCGCGCAGCGCCGGACUCCCUGGUAAAGGGCGAGCAGGUCCCGCCACAUGGGGGCAUCGCCCAGGUCCCUGCCACGGGUGCCAGUGAGUCUGCUGUCUGGUUGGAACGGUUGGGACCGCGUCGAGACUGCCCGAACUCAGGGCAGGCCUCUCCGUGUGCUUCAGAACAGAGCCCCAGUCCUCAGUCUCCCCAGAACAACUGCUCAGGGAAAUCUUCUGCAGACCCCAAAAACGUGGCUGCUUUAAAGAACCGGCAGAUGAAGCACAUUUCAGCCGAGCAGAAGAGGCGCUUCAACAUCAAGAUGGGCUUUGACACCCUCAACAGCUUGAUCUCUAAUAACACCAAGCUGACUAGCCACGCCAUCACGCUGCAGAAGACGGUGGAGUACAUCACCAAGUUGCAGCAGGAGCGCAGCCAGAUGCAGGAGGAGGCCCGGCGGCUGCGAGAGGAAAUCGAGGAGCUCAACACCACCAUCAUCUCCUGCCAGCAGCUGCUCCCUGCCACGGGCGUCCCCGUCACCCGGCGCCAGUUUGAUCACAUGCGAGACAUGUUUGACGAAUAUGUGAAAAGCCGGACUCUGCAGAAUUGGAAGUUCUGGAUUUUCAGCGUCAUCAUCAAGCCGCUGUUUGAGUCCUUCAAGGGCGUGGUGUCCAGCAGCAGCCUGGAGGAGCUGCACCGGACGGCGCUGUGCUGGCUGGACGAGCACUGCUCCCUGCCCGUUCUCAGGCCGACCGUGCUGAACACCCUCCGGCACCUGAGCACCACCACGUCCAUCCUGACGGACCCGGCCCAGCUGCCAGAGCAGGCGGCGGAGGCCGUCACCAGAAUGGGCCAGAGAUCUGGGGAAUCUUAGCAGUGCUUAGGGGGCACAUGGCCGCGUGAGAAGCCGUGGAGACCCUUCCUGCCUGUGGAGAGGAGGCCGCGCCCCUCACCUCUCCUGAUGCGGAGCUUCUGGGCCUCCCUCCGACUGCGGCCCAGGCCGCUCAGAACGCCAUGCUCAGGUCUGAAGCAGGUUCGGGUCCUGCCCACAGCAGUAGCCCAGCUUAGGGAACCCCUUGCUGUGAACUCUGACUCAGCGACCUCUGUCACCGACCUCCCCUCCCCUCGGGUAGCCGGGAUAAAGGGGAACGCUGCCCGUCCCGGUCCUGUCCUGUCCUGUCCUGCUGGUGGGGUGUCGGGGCCACAGCGGCAGCGCGGGGAGCAGAUGGGGCAAGAGGGGGCAUCACCCGCUCCCCCAAGUCAGGAAACGUGAGGGUCCUUCCCGGCUCCUGUCUGGAGACUUACACACGCUGCCUCCUGUCACCUCUCAGGCGCCCGUGGGGCGGUUGGAAGGCAUCCUCCUUCCUGCCCCGACUCUGACCUUGUAGAUAGAUUGGACGUCUGCUCAGGCUUCGCAGGGCCGGCUGCCGGGGAAACCCCGCAACACACGUGUGCAAAGUGGUGGGUGCGCGUGCCCGCAGACAGGAACGGAAGCGCAAGCGACGCGGAGCUGCUGCUGGCUUGGAGGGCCGCUCGGGCGGGGCUUCGAUCUGUCCUGAUCUGGUUCCACUUGGCGUUGCAGCCUCCGUGGUGACACCGACCUGAGAAUCGCGUGGCGGGGCUCAGCUGGGGCCCUGCUUCCGAGCCGCAGCCGGGCGGGCGGCCGUGCUUGAUGGGUGCCGCUGGCCCUUCGGGUGCAGUGUUUGAAAGACCAGGCUCUACAGUGCUGCCGUCGGCCUGGUCACCUUGUCUGGAUUGUCCAGCUGGGAGCCCCAAAUCAUAACAGUUCCUGGACCAAAGACGCCACCGCGCCCAGCGCCUGUCUCAUGUUUGGAGGCAGAAACUGAAUGUUGACACAGAGCCCCGAGGCAGCUCCAGACCAGACUGUAGAGAGUUGUAUUCGGAUUUGGUCCAGGUGGAGGGGGCAGCAGGCUGCUUCCGGAUGUGGGAAUUGCACUUGGAAGCGUUCAGAGGAGGGCACGGCAGGAGGGGCGGUCCCGGGCCCGCCCUCCUCUCGGUGUGUCUGCAAGAGCAGCUCCAGGUGGAAGGAUGCUGUCUAACACUCAGGAAGCCCAGCCAGGGGCACCUCCUCACUGAAAGAAUGUGCUUUUCACGUCCUGCUGUGAAGUUCAGAGGCCAGCAGGCUUCCCGUUCAACCUCUGUCCUCCCGGGCCCGAGACGGAGACUGGGCAAGCGCUGGGCAGACCAGGAGCCCAGGGGCCGCUGCGGGCCACCCUCUGAAGCUUGGAUCAUUUCGGAGGCUGCUGCUGGUUCCCGGAGGCCUGUGGAAGGUGCUCGGGGUGGGGGCAGGCAGCCUCACCGCAGCCUCGGCUGAUGGAGGACGGAGGCGGGGUCCUCUCUUGGCCACUGGCCGUGCCACUGCCCCUGCCAUGGGUCACGACCGGUCACCUGCUCCAGCCCCGUCAAGAGUGCCUCGGCGGCACCCCUCCACCUCCCCAGAACCCGUGUUUACAGGCCUUCCGAUCGCUCUCCUGAGGCGCGAGCACGCAACGAGGCCGGGCCAGCCCUUCGUUUCCACUGGGAGGAGGGACAGGAACCCAGCCUUCCCCCGGGGUGGACACGAGGUCUCUCUCAAAAGUGGAAGAGCACGUGGUAAGAACUCCGUGAGGCUCAAAAGGGAAAAAGGAAAGCCAGAGACGUUCCAGCCAUGAGGGCUCGUGGAGGGUCCUGCCCUCGGCCUCGCCCCAGUUCCUGUGCCUUCGUAAACCGUGUGGUGGCCGCGGAGCUCGGCCCGGCCAUGACCUCUCCGAGAUCACUAGCUUUCUCCCCACCCCUUGCUGGGAGUCUUUUUUUUUUUUUUUUAGCUCCAUGGGAUAUAAAAUUGGCCUCUUCCUUCUCUGGCCUACCUCUCCCUCCCUUUGGCUGAUUUAAUGUUCACGAUUCUGUUUUUUUAAAUAUUUAAGGCUGUUAGGUUGUAUGAGGCAUUGAAGGGGGUGUGUGUGUGUGUGCGCGCGCGUGUGUGUGUGUGUCCCAGCAGACGUUUAACUAGAUGCAUGUUUUGUUUUGAGAUAUUUACUUAAAUCCAUUUCUCUUGGUGCUCACCAUUACGGCUGUAGGGCCGCAAAGCUGUAUCUCUUACUACAAACACGUUUGUUUCUUGCCCGGGAAGUUUUCUUGUUUUGGAUUCUUGCCUGAUGAGUCUGGCCAGACGGGGGCCUAGCUUUGACCUCUGUCCUGGGGUCCCAGGCCGGGGUGCAGGGACCCUGGGGCCACUCUGCCAACCGCCUCCAGUGGAUGCUGUAGUUUGUUUACACUCACUUUCACCCCUACUCCUGUCCCUACUCCCAUAAAAGAGACUUAAAUAUGCUGACACUUUGGAGGAUAAGAAAAUCAAAUCUGAAAAGGAAAAAAAAAAAAAAAGCCCAUCUGGCACGUAAUCUCUGAAAGUGUUUCUGUGAAAUCUUUCUGUGCCAUCAACUCCCUUCCCACUGCUGGUUGCUGUUUGACACCGUGUGGGAGAUGCAGGGAGAGUGGGGCUUUCUGCAGUUGGCUGGCCCGUCCCUCGCUCGGUCUCAGGCGGGUUACAGCCAGCUGUCACCCCUCUCCCACCAGGCCCCCAACCUGGCUGGGGUUUUCAGGGCACGAGGGAAGAAGCAGUCCCGGCGUCAGGAGUCAGUGUCGAUGUGAGCACCAGCUCUUGUUGGGGAGGGGCUGGCAGGGCGCUGUGGGGUGACCCCGUGCACCCAGCUCGCUCUACUCUCUGUGCUUGUGACCUGAUCCCGCCUCCCUUGCUAGGUAGCGCUCAGCCCUCCAGGUUGUUAUUGCUCUGGCUGAUAGAAAGAGAAACUUAGAGUCUUAGGGGACAUGGCAUCCCAGGGUGGGGGCCAAACCCCGUGUCCCUCCCCAGGUGAAGGGGUGGGGGGGCCUCCUCUCAGCCUGGGCCUGCCCUCCCUGCACAGCCGGCUCUCCACCUGGAUGAGCGGGUCUGAGCGGCAGGCUCGUCGCCGUUGUCAAGAUCCCGCGUUCUCACUGUCCAGCUGAACGAGGGCUCAUCAGGGCGGAGCCGGGGCUGCCCAGGGGGCCCGUCUGCCCAUGGCCUGCACGCUUACUCAGUGUGGACCCAGCCCGGCGCCGGCUAGCCUGCCCCACUUCGGUUCUUUUAUCUCAUCUGGGCUCCAGGUGGGCAGGCUUGGAACACCGCUUGUCGGAGCAGCUUGGCUUCCUUGGUGGUGGGCUUGCUGAGGAAGGGAGCUGGGGAGCCCCACUGUGGGCUCAAGGGCAGCAGUGGGCUGGGGUUUUUGGCUCCAUGCCCCUGGUGCCUCGUAUACGAAAGAGGAUUGUCACCACGUCUGAACACAGAUGACAGGAGAGGACAGCGAGGCUGGAGGGUGGAGGAGCUCAGACCUUCAACACGUUGUACCUUUCAGUGGUCCGCUUAGCCUUGACCCGCUCAGCGGGCAGGUUUGGGGGAUCGGAGGGGCUCCAGGAGCAGAGAGAAGCCUUAGGACCCCCCGGGUGCCUCCACACAGAUCACCUGCCCUGUUUUCUUUUCCUUCUGACGACUUGGCUUUCCCGGCUCACCACACAGGGCUGUCUCCUGUCGAGGCUUGUGAAAGUAAGCCUUUGAGAAAGAAAAGGGAACGUUUCCUGUUGAAUGUUGGCCUUGACUAUGCGUGUGUGUAUGUGUGUGUGUGCUUGCACAAGCCUGCGUGUGUGUUUGUGGGUGUUUACUUAAUGGAAUUUUAUUUUUGUGAAAUUCUUUUAUAAUUAUGUAGCAAAAUUCACCUCCAUCUCCCAGUCAAACUUUUGGUUCCAGAGUCAACCCUGGGCGUCACUAAUUUGAAGAAUUCUCUCCUGGGUUUCUGAACGGAGAUACGCCACUGUCAAGAGUUGAGGUUGUGGAGAGGGUUGGGGGAAACUGACGUCUGAUGCAUUUCCGUAGAGUUGACAUCCUGCAGUUAAAAGGUGGGAAGGGCUCGACCAGGGAGACACGAAGCCCAGGCUAUGUUUCUUGCGAGGGAGCUGGACCGCGGCCUCACCCCCGAGGUGCCCUGCUGCUGCUUUAUCUGAAUCUGUUCACACGGCUUGUUUUUUGCUUGUUUUGUAACGCCACAGCUGAAACAGCACGUUCUUUUCCUUUUUUGGGUUUCAGUUCAUUGUAUAAAUGGUUCAUUUUUUCUGUUGUGAGCUCUGGUGACUUGUGUCAGGCCUCCCGUAGGAGACAGUCACCCCUUGUGGGCAGAAAAACAAAACCCAAGAAGAGUUGUGUUAAUCGGAGGCUCCCUCAGGCCUGCACCAUCCAGAGCACGGCCCUUUAUGCUCCACUGUUGAGAAGCAGGUUUCCACCAGCUGAAUUCAACACUACAAUGCAGUUCAAAAACUAUAUUUGCAUCCAAGACAAUAAAAAGCCGUAUUUUUUUGAA